AUGGAUCAAACAACAGAUUCUGGAGACGAAAAUGAGACUGGUAUCUCUGAUCUCGACGAGAUGUCUGACGCUGAAUCGGAAUAUAGUAACCACGACUCCAGUACUGAACAAUCAGAAAGCGAUAUUGAUGACACAGAUGACAAUAAUAAUAGUCCACAGAAGAAUGAAAUGAAAAAUAAAAAAUUUGUGCUCGGUAAAGAUAAAGCUACGAAGUGGUUUCAUAAUCCGCCUAAUCAAAAAGUUCGUACCAAACGACAGAAUAUUGUUACAUGUCUACCUGGAGUUGCAAAAUGCGCCAAGGGUGCAAAAACGUCUUUGGAUUGCUGGAAUCUUUUUAUACCUAAUGAAACACUUGAGCAAAUUGUUGAUUAUACGAAUAUUUUCUUGGAAUGUGUACGCUUAUCAAAAAAACGUAAAACAGAAAUUCAACCGACAACCGUGGAUGAAAUACGGGCUAUGAUUGGAUUAUUGUAUCUGAUAGGCGUACAUAAAGCUUCGCGAUUGAAUUUAAAAGAGUUGUGGGCAACUGAUGGUUCGGCUCCAGAUUGUUUCCGUGCGGUGAUGUCAAGAACACGAUUCUACAAUCUCUUGUCAGCAUUGAAGUUCGACGAUAUUCAUAAUCGUGAUGAGCGAAAAAAAUUAGAUAAUUUGGCGCCUAUCCGAGAAUUUUCGAAAAAUUUUAUUAAACGAUGCCAAGAAAAUUAUACACCAGGCGCUUUCUUAACUAUUGAUGAAAUGCUGCAAGCUUUUCGAGGUCGUUGUAAGUUUCGGCAAUAUAUUGCCAAUAAACCGGCAAGAUAUGGUAUAAAAAUUUAUUCUAUGACUGAUUCGAAAAAUUUUUACACCUACAAUAUGGAAAUUUACUGCGGGAAACAACCAUCAGGACCUUACCAAAAGUCUAAUUCUGCAUUUGAUGUUGUUAAACGUCUGACUUCUCCAAUAUUGAAAACUGGCAGAAAUGUCACCUGCGACAAUUACUUUACAUCUGUACCUCUUGCAACUCAUUUGUUAGAAAAUAACACAACUCUUGUUGGAACCAUACGAAAAAAUAAACGUGAAAUUCCAAAAGAAAUGACUGAAAUUAAAACUCGGCCUAUUUACAGUAGUAAAUUUUUAUUUAGUAAUGCGAGCAUGUUAGUGUCAUACGUGCCAAAAAAAUCAAAGAACGUUCUGAUGUACUCUACUCUACACAACUCGACAAAAAUUGAUAAAGAAACUGGUGAAAAAUUGAAGCCAGAAGUGGUAACUUUUUACAACCGUACUAAAGCUGGUGUGGAUGUUGUAGACCAGCUGCAGGGUGAGUACGAUGUUGCUCGGGACACACGACGCUGGCCGAUGGUAAUUUUUUAUGGUUUUCUCAACAUUGCUGGUAUCAAUGCGAAAAUUAUUUAUGAAGAAAACACUGGUAAUAAAAUACUUCGGCGAGAAUUUUUAAAACAACUUUACUCUCAGCUAGUCCAACCACACUUAGUGAAUCGUCUUCAAUUACCGAAUCUAUCACUUGAACUGAGAUCAAUAAUAAUAAAAACUGGGAAAAUUAAGUCUCCAAUGAAUCCUCAACGUCCAGAACGUGGAUUGUGUUAUCAAUGCCCUAGAAGGGCGAAUAGUUAUACAACUCAAAGUUGUACAUCCUGUAAUGCUCCAAUUUGCAAUAAGGAUACGGUUCGUUAUUGCUGUGAUUACCAGUUAAAUCUUGUUUCAAGAAACGACUUAUAA